CUGCAACUCCCGUUUGCGAAGCAGCGCAAGUCAAAGACAACACCACAUAACGCCCAUAACCUUUGAUUUUAUCACUCAUCUUCUUCCGCAAUCGGAUUCAACGUUUAGGUUCAUCGCAUAGAAGACUACAAUUGCCGUACGCAAGGUGCCAUCGCCAUGUCGAGCCCCGCACCAGCUUCGGUGCCUGUUGCCGAGAAAACCUUCAACUCCUAUACUCCAAAACAAGGAGAAGCAUACGCCCAAGCCCGCGGCAGCUACAAUCCAAGCCUCUUCAAAGCCAUCAUCGAGCACCACACCUCUACCGGCGGCAAGCUCAACACUCUCCUCGACGUCGGCUGUGGUCCCGGCACAGCAGUUCGAGCACUCGCACCUCAUUUCGUCCAAGCCAUCGGCAUCGACCCCUCAGGAGGCAUGAUAUCUACUGCUCGUUCCCUUGGCGGCACCGCAUCUGAACCCACCCCUAUCCGAUUCGAAACCGCUACGGCCGAAGAUCUCGGAACGAAGCUAUCGCCCCCACUCGAGGAAGAGAGUAUUGACCUCAUCACGGCCGCCACGGCAGCUCACUGGUUCAACAUGGAUGAGUUCUGGCCUCAAACUGCCCGACUUCUGAAGCCUGGCGGUACAGUCGCCAUCUGGUCUGCUGGCGAUGCUAAAAUGCACUCAUCGAUGCCCGCCGCAGAGAUUCUCCAGCCUGUGUUGGAAGACAUCUGGAUCCGUGAGUUGAAACCUUUUCAGACACGUGGGAAUGAGAUCGCACGAGAAUUAUAUGUAGAUCUUCCUCUACCGUGGACGAUCUCCUCUCCUGUCGCGGAAUUCGACGAGAGUACUUUCUACCGGAAGGUGUGGGAUCCUGAGACUGACGAAGAGUUUCUCUGGAGAACUAACACGACGACUGGUCUGGAUACUUGGGAGAAAAUGAUGAGUACGAUUAGUCCGGUGACGAGGUGGAGAGAGGCCCAUCCAGACAAGGUUGGGACUGAUGGGGAUGUUGUUAAACUUUUCAGGAAGGAGAUCGAGAAGUUCCAGCGUGAAGCGGGUGUGGAAGAGGGAAAGGAAUGGGUCAAAUCGAGUUUGAGAGGGGUAUUGUUGAUGGUGAAGAAAAAGGCAUAACAAUUGUCUGUCAGAAAGUUAGAUAUGAUAACGAAAGAGAUUUUCCGGAUAUGUUGUGUUCGGCCAAUAGUCAUUGCUUUUCUUAGGUUCUAAUCAGACAUUAUUUCAACAAGC